AUGUUACGUCAAAUACAGCGCUGCGCUCGCUGUUUUCUCCCGCGAUUCCGCGCUGUUUCGUGUCACGGAGUCAUUUGGAGUGCACCGGUCCCAUAUUCGGUAGCGGCGCGCGCACCUCCACCAAUCGCCGGGCGGCCGCUGACGUCACCACCCUGCGCCGCCCACCGCCCCCGCCACCCAACCGCCCCCCCCAGAGAAGCCUUCUAUGAAUCGCGUGCCUCCGUUGCCCGACAUUGA